GAUGAGCUGGUGGAGGAAACUCCACUCCGUCCAGGCAUGCUCAGCAGAAGGGCUGUGCAGUUCUCUCAGCGACUGAAGCUGGGCGCAGGGGAACUGCAACGGCCGCGCCAGGCAUCUUCCAGUGAUGGCCUCUACUGAACAGCUCUGCUCCAGCUCCCACCAGCAGCACUGAGCAUAAGAACAGCAGAAACCCCUUCGCCCUCCUGCUGCCAAGCCAGACAGAGAGACACACAGCACCAUGUACAGCGUGGACGACCUCCUCAUUUCUCACGGAUACAAAUUGCCCAAGACAAGCGUCCCCUGCCCCUCUUCAACUUCAUCCGCCUCCGCACCUUGCGAGAAACAGCACCACGUCGCCGCCACGACCGACUGCCACCGUGAAAUCCCAGCGGCAGACAACCAGAGGCCUGGUCGUGUUGGCUCACUGAACGGGUAUGAACAGGCAGCAGACAGGGGGGCCUGUGUCUUCAGGAGCAGCAGCAGGCAGGCACUACUGGCGAAGGUCUACCCCGGCAGCGGGGACAAUGAGAGCGGCGGGGAAAGGAACCAAAGGAGAAAAGAAGCUGGCAGCGGUAACCUAGGUGACAGCCUAGCACAGCCCCUGGGAGAUUCUCUCGCCACGGAUAGCGGGUUCUAUGACGCUCCCAGCUUAACCUAUUCUGAGCAGAUCGAGAGAAGAGAGCAGUUGGAUGAGAGGGAUGUCUCCUACUGGAGGAGGAGAGGCCAGGACUUCAGUGUCCUUCUGGAUUACGCCGAUGGCCGGGAGCUGAGAGCGUCCGCUAGCUUUCUGAAGGCCUCUGAGGUGGCAUGGAGGCCACAGGCCCUGAUAGCAGAGGACCACAGGGGGGAGAGGGAGAAGCAGCAACAGAAGCAGCUAUGGGAUGACACCCCCAUCUCCUGGCUGAGGGAAGCUGACGCGGCUCCUGGACAGCUGAGGGUAUUGACUGGGGUGACUGGGGUGACUGGGGUGACUGUGGAGCGGAAGUGCCAGAGCCUGGGCACAGAGGAGUGGAAGCCUGCAGUGGGGCUGGGGAGGCAGCUGUCAGAUGGGGAGGGCGAGAGGUGGGCUCAGGACCAGCAGCACCGCCUGAGGACUCCAGAGAGUGCUGGUUUUAUCCUUCCCAGAACCAGAGGGAAGUCCCAGUCCCUCCCCAGAGUGCUGUCGCCUGAUGGAACUACUGAACACACAGACACACAGUCCAGCUUGGUCAGUGUCCAGCUUCGACCGGGCCCGGUUGAUAGACAGAGAGUGAACAGCACCGUCUUUUCCGGGCCUUAUAGUAGGUAUUACCACAGCGCCGCAGUCGGCCGGGACCGGUGGGCCAGAAACAGUUGGCAAAGCGGCGGUCAUGUUGCACUUUUACCAAAGCCCAGGUUCAGCAGGCCUGUCAAGCCUCCGUCGUACGAGAUACACCAGCAGACUAGGGGUAGCCAGGAGAUGCUUUCUGUAGCUGUAGUAGAUGAGCAGAGUGAGUCCAAACAACAGAAGGACAACAGGCCUGUCUAUCACCCAAGGGGUGGAGAACUGCAGAGACAAGACUAUUUCGCACAACACUCCGCAAUCUUUGGCAUGGAGCCCCCCGGUUACAUCCCGCCCCCGUCUUAUAAGAGAGCCCCUCCCCCAAUCAGGGGAGGCCCAAUCAACCGCAAUGAAGUGGUGAACUAUAAGUGGAGGGGGGAGAUGCAGAUACAGAUGCAGAUGCCUGUGAGCUCAGAGACGGGAAGGUGGUUUUCCAGACAGACAGGAGGGUCGUGGCUGGAACACUAUGGGGAUCGAGGUAUACCCUACAGGAAACAGGUUAACUCUAACCCAAAUCUUAACCCUGGAUACACCGAGGAACAUCUGGGGCAUGUUCACUAUUUACCCUUUGAUGAUCCGCGAGUGAGACACAUCUCAGGAGGGCCUGGCGGAAAUUCUCUCACUGACUCGGACAAGCUUAUCCGAAACAUCAACAAAGAGAUUCCCUGCGCUAAGGUUUUAGGACAAUCCACACAUGAUAGUGCCUUUUCCCCCCCACAUGGGCUAUCUCUCAAUACCGACAGCCGCAAGACAUCUGUCAAUGACAACGACGGUAGUAGUACUAGAUGGUGCCACAGGGGUUUAAUAAACAAAGGAAGUGUAGACAGUGUAGCUCCUGACCAGAGCUGUGGUAACUAUCCAACUGCUUUUCAGGUUAGACCGCCCCCUCAGCAGAUCAGGCUUGUGGACCAAGGUGUGUCAGAAACUGUGACUCAAGUGAAAAAGAAAGAGCCUGACUCCUCAGAGAAAGAGAAACCAAGAAAGCCUGACACCACAGAGAAAGAGAAACCAAGAAAGCCUGACUCCUCAGAGAAAGCAGAGAAAGUAGAGAAAAAGAGCGUAAAAAAGAAACUUAGCGAAACAAUAUUCUGUUUGGUGUCUGUUCCCAUCCCCCCAACGCCGGGCAGUACGUCCCAUGAUCAAAACAACAAUGAUGAGAAGCCGCCAAGCCCAGUCCGGCCACCAAGCCCAGUGGACAGUCCGAGCGAGAACAAAACUGGCCACUUAACAAACCAAAGUCUCCAAAGCACAUCUUCAGCAGAGGCUGAGCUGCAAGCACUAACCGGUAGCAUAGCGAGCAGCAGAUCAAGCAGCAAAAUAGUGAGAAAACUCCCCAUUAAACCCCCCAAAAUAAACCAUCACAAGGAGCUGAAACUCUCGGGAUCCUGGCCUGGGAACCAGUACCGUGACCAGGAGACUCAAACUAGCCCAGAGGCCAGAAAGCGUCAGCCUCCCCCUCCUCCUCCUCCAGGUCCUGAAAACAAGGAAGCACAAGACCCUCAAGUCCCUGCCCCAGGAUCCCCCGACCCCGGCGUCACCCCAGACCCUAGCAGUGUGGGCAGCACUGCAUUCAGCUAUCCCAUAAAAGGGGUGAAGAGCCUGAAACCAUCCAGCAACAGCGCCUUUUCCAGGACGGCCACUUUCUCAAUCUCCAGCCAGCUGAACAAGAGCACAGCUCAGCCGCCAGCAGCAGCGCCACCACCACCACCCUCAGGAAACACGAUGGAGGUCAAACCAGCAGCGACCUGCAGUGGGCAGGAGGGCUUCGGUCAGUUCCUGCUGAAGCCCGUCAGCAGACGGCCAUGGGACGCCAUUGAGGAGCUAGAGACUAUCAACAAAGAGCUCCAGGAUCAACAGCAACAACCACAGCAGCAGAGCAGCAAGAGGCCCAGUGUUGACCAGUGCAUCGAGGACCUCAACGAGGCAUACAAAGACAUCUUAGAGCUAGGCACUGCCAGCAAUAACGUUCCCAACAAUGGCGGCGCUGUGCAGAUCCCUGAGCGGAUCAAGAUAAGGCUAGCGGGGGAGGCGGGGCUCAGCAAACCCAGCAGCCUUAGGCGCAGUAUCGAGAGCUGGACUGUGUCCGUCGACCCAGAGUACAGGGAGGUCAAGAGCGCCUUCUCAAGACCCGCUGAAAGAAAGUCAGUGACAUUCAGCAAGCAGCUAAGAGAGGAGCUCCCUGUCCCACCACGCGAUCCUACAGGAUUCAGAGAAUACAGGGUUGUUUCGAAUUUGUCACAGAGGAGAAGUAGCUGCAGUGGCAGGUCAGUGAAGCUAGACCUCUCUUCGCCUUCGGAGACACCACCGCCUUGUGACUUUACCGGCCCUAGUGACUUUAUUGACUCUCCUAGUGAUCCCAGCGAGAUCAGAGACUUAAGCCCAACGACGCCAACAACGCACACGGCAGCAGAAGUCCCCUGGGCAGAUAGGCAGCCGAUGCAGGACGCCUCCACACUUACGAGCCCCCCUGAUUAUGAGGACAUAUGUCAGUCUUUACAAAAGACCCGAGACUCAACAGAAGUUAACAAAACUUUGACGGCCAAAUCUAAACUUGGUGGUGGUAGAGGCAAUGCAGUGCCUCCAGGGGGCGCCAGUCUAGACUCUGAAGAGGAAUGCCCCAUUUGUAAAAAAGAGAGCGAGAGCCAGAUGUCCAGACCAAGCCCAAUGUCUCCGCUCCAUGAGGAGUCAAGCCCAGACUUGUCUGAUCAAAGUAGCGCCACGAUCGUCGGUGACAGUGGUAGUCCACAAGGAGCUGAAACAUAUGAAGAACCAGCUGAGGACGAAGUAGACACAAAGCUAUCCUCCGUCUCUUGCUCGAAUCGUUCAGAGACUCAGACUCUGUGUCAAGAUUGGAGGGAGCAGCUGUCACUCACAGAUGAUAAGAAUGUGGGUGGGUGCGCUGCUGCUGAGAAGACCAAUCCAAACCAAGCAACCAAGGAUCUCAACAAUCUAUACGAAGUGAAAUGUGCCGAGGGAAUCCCAGAGAACGAAUCCAUAGAGGAGAGGGCAGCCAGGAUAUUAGGGAUUGAUGUGCCUGCAGAGUCCCUAGUUACAGGGGAGCGGAGGGCUAGAGAGCCAGCAACAGAUGAGAUUGAAUUAAGAGAGAGUGAAGCCACUGCUGGAGAAGAUCCAGAAAGAAGCAAUGCAAACGAACAGACAUUACAAACACAUGUGAGAGAUACAGAGUCUGGGGAACUGCGGUCUACAGCGUCUAUGGUGCCUGACAGUGGGCAGGAGUUACAAGAAAAUGAGCCGCCACAGGAUACGCCAGAGCGCAUCAGGAGUGCCAAAUGGACCCAACUGGGUCGAGAAACUCCAGGUAUGCUGGAGUUUCCGCCAGACAGACUACCACUUUCGGUCCCCAUGAACCCUGACCAGAAGCUGUCUCACAGUCUGGAGGGAGAGAGGAGGGGCAGAGGUGCCUCACAGCACAUAGAGGCCCUGCAGGACAAGCUAGCUGCCUCGCCCAGCCACCAGGUGGCGAUAGAGCGCCUGGCUCGGAUGAAGGUGGUGGACUCGGUGUCCCGCAUGAGACUCAGCAUCAGGAGCACAGACUCUGGGGAGGUGGACGGGGAGGCGGAGGGGGAGGCCAGCCGUGGCGUUGAACAAGUGGAAGAGAACGCUGUCCUCCCUGCUCCCUCCCAGAGUGACACAGUGGACGAUAGAGAGGUCAAGCUAGAGGACGAUCGAGAGGCCUCUGAAGAAACAGUGUUGCAAGACGAGGAGGUGUCAUCUGUCUCGGAGGCCUGAGACCCAAGCCCAGUGGAUUAAAGUGGAGAGAGACUGAGACGCCCGUCAUCUUUCUCCAUCUGAGGUUUAGCUCCCUCCAACACUGUGACCUGGCUACCCACUAGAAUGCCUUCAUCUCAUCCCAAACACAGAAACGGCCUUCUUCUCCGACAACAGCAUUGUGUACACCCUCACCCUCGGCGUCGUUGAGUGCUAAGAGUGUUCCACUGCCAAAAGGGAGGUGUCCCCCUACCUAGGGGCAGCUUCCAUCUAUCCCCCCCCCAUCUCCCCUUUAUCUCCCCCCAACCCAUCCUAGGAGGGGUCCAAAAUGGUACCCUAUUCUCUAUAUAGUGCACUACUGGGCCCUGGUCAAAGGUAGUGCACUGCUUAGGGUUCAGGGUGCCAUUUUGGGACUCAUUUCUAGUGUUAUUGUAGCAGCUUGUUCUUUAUCCUUUCUUAUUCUACCCUCCCGAUGCUUUUCAUUGGCUUAUUCUACCCUCCCGAUGCUUUUCAUUGGCUUAUUCUACCCUCCCGAUGCUUUUCAUUGGCUUAUUCUACCCUCCCGAUGCUUUUCAUUGGCUUAUUCUACCCUCCCGAUGCUUUUCAUUGACUUAUUCUACCCUCCCGAUGCUUUUCAUUGGCUUAUUCUACCCUCCCGAUGCUUUUCAUUGGCUUAUUCUACCCUCCCGAUGCUUUUCAUUGACUUUAUUAUUCUACUCUCCCGAUGCUUUUCAUUGACUUUAUUAUUCUACCCUCCAGAUGCUUUUCAUUGACUUUAUUAUUCUACCCUCCCGAUGCUUUUCAUUGACUUUAUUAUUCUACCCUCCCGAUGCUUUUCAUUGACUUUAUUAUUCUACCCUCCCGAUGCUUUUCAUUGACUUUAUUAUUCUACCCUCCCGAUGCUUUUCAUUGACUUUAUUAUUCUACCCUCCUAGAUGCUUUUCAUUGACUUUAUUAUUCUACCCUCCCGAUGCUUUUCAUUGACUUUAUUAUUCUACCCUCCCGAUGCUUUUCAUUGACUUUAUUAUUCUACCCUCCCGAUGCUUUUCAUUGACUUUAUUAUUCUACCCUCCUAGAUGCUUUUCAUUGACUUUAUUAUUCUACCCUCCCGAUGCUUUUCAUUGACUUUAUUAUUCUACCCUCCUAGAUGCUUUUCAUUGACUUUAUUAUUCUACCCUCCCGAUGCUUUUCAUUGACUUUAUUAUUCUACCCUCCUAGAUGCUUUUCAUUGACUUUAUUAUUCUACCCUCCCGAUGCUUUUCAUUGACUUUAUUAUUCUACCCUCCUAGAUGCUUUUCA